UCCUAGGUUUGUCGUCGCUGGUGCUACCGGAAGUGACGCAAUAGUUCCUUGGCAACCUGUUUCGGGAGAAUAUCGAUGGUACGUUUUUACGACCGUGGUGUUGCAGGCUGUCAGGAGAUCUGAAUGGGAUCAAAAAGAGGGUUAUUUCUUGCUUAGUGACUAGACGGCGUUUCUGUCGGUCCUCAUGAUUGUUUUAGCUUUUUUCUCCGCGCUAUUGGCGGUGCCUGUUAAAGCGGAUUUGUUUCACUUUGACAGCAUCUCAAAUGUGUCUGUUUAUUACUUUAACUACCUCUACUGCCAAGUUUGGGAAGGAGAAUGUCAUCCGAACCAAGACGAUGCGACCCAACAAGUGCCUACAGGGAACGUGUGGUCUUGGGUUUCUCAGGAUUAUAAGGGCAUGUUGACAAGUUGGUACUGCAGCAUUGGACAAUGCUGUGAUUCAGGAGACUGUCGAAUUACUAACAACAUCACAGGUCUAGAGCGGGAUCUACAGCUAAAACUUCAUGGGCAGCAUCUGGCUCAGUCUGUGGUCCUGAAAGCAAUUCAAGGCUUCAUUAAUAACCCUGAGUCCAAUAAGCCCCUGACUCUGUCAUUCCACGGUUGGUCAGGCACAGGCAAAAACUUUGUGGCUCGGAUGGUGGCAGAUAACCUGUAUCGUGAUGGAGUGAAGAGUGAGUGUGUGCGUCUAUUCAUUGCCCCAUUCCACUUCCCACAUGCGAGACUGGUGGACAUCUACAAGGGCCAGCUGAGGGAAGCUAUUAGAGACAUGGUUCUCCGUUGUCCACAAACACUUUUCAUUUUUGAUGAGGCAGAGAAAUUGCACCCUGGGCUUAUUGAUGCCAUUAAGCCCUAUAUGGACCACUAUGAUAAUGUGGAUGGGGUUUCCUACAGAAGAGCCAUGUUCUUGUUCCUCAGUAAUAUUGGUGGUGCAGCUAUUAAUGAUGUGGCGCUGGACUUUUGGCAUUCGGGCCAGAACCGGGAGGAUAUUGGUAUGGAAGAUCUGGAACAUCGACUACGAGCAGAAUCUAUGGAGGCUGAAGGAGGAUUUGCCCAAAGUGAGCUUAUGUCAGGGCACCUGAUUGACUUCUUUGUGCCAUUCUUGCCUCUUGAAUAUCGUCAUGUUAAACUCUGUGCUCGGGACGCAUUUGUUAGCCGUGGUGUGGAGCCUGAUGAGGCAACUCUGGACGAGGUGGCUAAAGCCAUGCUGUAUGUACCCAAAGAAGAGAAACUCUUUUCUGCACAGGGCUGCAAAUCCAUCCCACAACGAAUCAACUUCUUUUUACAUUAAUAAUAAUGGAAUAACACAAGGUCACUAAGCCUACAUGAAAAGGUUCAUGCAUACAUAACAGCAAAGCUAAAAUAAGACUGUUACCAGAUAUUUAUAUGCCACUUCACAGGCCCAGGGUUCCCAGGUUGAUCCAGAGCUUGGGUUACUAUGUAUGUGGAGGUCCUCAUGUUUUCACCAUCUCCAUGUAGAUUUCUUCCUUCCAUCUGAAAACAUGCUGGCAGUUUGAAUGGCUAUGCUAAAUUGCUUGUUGGCAUGGACCACUGGUGUCCCCAUCCAUGACACAUUCCCUCCUCAUGCCCACAUCCCCCCUCAAGCCUCCUCAAGGCUUCAGAUCCAGCACGACCUGGCCAAGAUAAAGCUGUUACUGCAGAUGAAAGUUUCAAUGAAUAUCUAACAGAGUUAGAAAAUGGGGGAAGUCGUGGCCUAAUGGUUAGAAAGUCUGACUCCUAACCCUAAGGUUGGGGGUUCGAGUCUCGGGCCGGCCACGACUGAGGUGCCCUUGAGCACGGCACCAAACCCCCCUAACUGCAUAAAUGGUGUGCACUUUGGAUGCACUGCUCCGGGUGUGUGUGCACUUUGGAUGGGUUAAAUGCGGAGAACAAAUUCUGAGUAUGGGUCACCAUACUUAGCUGUAUGUCACUUUAACUUUCAAAGGGAGAGCCGUUACUAGAUCCCAUUGAACCGAACAACUUUUUCUUCCGAUCCGUUUUUCCCCUUUUAUUUCCCCUUUUUGUGAAAAAUCAAGAAAUAAUGUAGGUAACAGUGGAUUUAAAAUGAUUCAUAAAUGAUAUGUUUUUAAAGAUAAAUUAAAGGAAGGUAAGGUGAGUCAGUUAUGCUGUGUAUACUAAAGAAAGAUAAUGUAAUCAAAUUAAAUUUUAAAUCUUAGCAUACAAGUUUAUUAGUCAACAUUAUCCAAACAUUAAAGAGAGCAUUAUUGGGGCUUAUACCACUAAUUGCAUUGUGCCUGAUAAUGGAGGCUCAUUGCUGACUCAGGCAGACUUUGUCCUACCCGAGUGGUUUGUACUCUGGUUCUGUUUGCUCUCCACCCAUUUGCCCAGCUUUACUGACAGCAGAUAUGACAUACUGCCACACAACAUGUUUUGUUUGUUAUGUAACACUACUGCUAAAACAUCCAAAAAGCAGUUUGCUCUUGAAUGCACUUCUUUUCAAGAACAGCAAUUUCAGACUCUCUAAAACUCCACUUCUUUGUUGCCUUAUGAGCCGGUUUUAUCUGUGUGAGCCUCUGUUUUAUGAAAUGCUGUUAUGAAAAUUGUUUUAUGAAAAUGAUUUAUAAAUGACUGCACAACAUUGUGGACAUAUAGUCACCCAGGUUUUCCAUUAGAUCGCUCGUGAAAUUUACAAGCACUAAUUGUUGUGAUUCUAGUUAGCUAGUUUUUACAAAACAAAAAAAAGACACCUGGUUUAGCUCACAAUUCUGUUUUCAAAACCUGCAAUCUCAUGGAGGACACCAUAAAUAUACAAGUUAAUAAUAUUGCAAUUAUUUAUUUUUUUUAUUUAAAUUUUUAUUUUAUGUAAUUAUUUCAUGUAAAUGUGCUGUGCAUGAAUGCCUUACAUUGGAUAAUUUGUGUUUUUUUUCACGUUAUAUUGAUGUAUUAACAUUCAGGUGAUGUUGAAGAGAAAGUAAAGAAAAGCAGAAAGUGUAGGUCAAUCCAUCAUUUAUUAGCAUUACUGUUGUUUCUGUUACAACAAAAGUCUAUUUUUCUAGAGAAAAAUACCAGAUUAUGACAGCAAUAAGAACAAUGCAUAGUCUGGGGUUGGUGUGUACCCCUUAAAACUCUAACCUCGCAAUUGUAUUUUUUUUCAUAAACUAUGGAAAUACAUGGUAGUGUUUACAUCAUGGAUUGAAAAGUAAUAUGCUGAAGUGAAAAAAUGUAACAAAGUUUGAUAUGAAGUUAUGUUGUGUCAAAAAAUAUUCCAAAUGUACAUUUUCAUUCUGGAUGGUUACAGUAGUAAGCGUUACAUUUAUAUUUAAAGAAUUGUCAUUUUUAUGUAUAUUUUGAACACUUUAUAACACUAUUUAACUUUAAGACCUCUGUGUCAUUUUCACUUUGUCACCAGAUGGAAGUUCUAAACCUUUUGUGAAUUUAAUUUUAAUUCAUUUUAGCUGUUAC